AUGGAAAAAUUUUUAAUUAAACGCGCAAGUACAAGUGAAAAUAAAAAACGUAAACUGUCGGAAACAACAACGGAUCAGCCUAUCAACGAGGAAUUGGAAGAAAAAAAAACUUUAAAUUUUGAGAACCAAAAAAAAGAACGUAAAUAUCAAUAUCAGUAUAUUAUACAAUUUGGAUUUACUUUUAUUGAAGAAAAAGGUAAACAUCGUCCUAAGUGUGUAAUAUGUUUAGAAAUAUUGGCUUCCGAAAGUAUGAAACCCUCUAAACUUAAACGACAUUUAGAAAUGAAACAUCCGCAAUAUAGUAAUAAAGAUGAACAAUUUUUUAAAAGAUAUGAAAAUGCAUUAAAGGUUCAAAAAAAAGUUUUUAAUACAUUUUCUACAGUUUCACAAAAAGCUUUAGUUGCACCAUUCGAGGUUUCAUACUUAAUAGCAAAAACAAAAAAACCGCAUUCGAUUGGCGAAUCUCUUGUCUUGCCAGCUGCUAUAAAAAUUGUAACGGCCAUGCACGGUGAGGCAUAUGCAAAUGAUUUAAAAUCAAUUCCAUUAUCUGAUAAUACUGUAUCACGUCGGAUUUCAAACAUUUCUGAUGAUAUAUUAAAACAACUUUUAAAUAGAUUGCGAAGUAAUUAUUUUGCAAUGCUGGACGAAUCUACAGAUAUCUCUAACUUUUCUCAACUUCUUGUCUAUGUCAGGUAUAUUUACAAAGAAGAUAUUUUAGAAGACUUUUUAUUUUGUCAAACUUUAAAUGGCAGGACCACUGGUAAUGACAUAUUUACCCUUAUUAAUACAUUUUUUGAAAAUAAUGAAAUUUCGUGGUCAUUGUGUAAGGCCAUUAGUACAGAUAGUGCAGCAGCACUUACUGGAUCAAAGAAAGGUUUUAGAGCUAAAGUUAACGAAAUUUCACCAAGUAUACUAUUUACUCAUUGUAUGAUUCAUAGGGAAGCUUUAGCAUCUAAAAACUUGAACCAUUUGUCAACGAAGACACGAAUAUGUAAUGAAAUGGAAUCUGAUCAUACAAAACUACUACUUCAUACUGAAGUUAGGUGGUUAUCUCGUGGUAAAAUAUUAUUAAGAAUUGUUGAGCUUAAAGACGAAAUACGAAUUUUUCUCCUUGAACAUAAAAAUACACUCGCAGAACACUUCUUAAAUGAAGAAUGUUUAGUUAUGAACGAGGAAUUAAUUGAGUUAUCUUUCGAUGAAAACCUGCGUAUACAAUUUAAUGAAACUAUAAGUGAUACAUUUUGGAUUUCUAUAAAAUCAGAAUACCCAGAAUUGUCAAAAAUAGCUAUAUCAACACUUCUGCCAUUUGCAACCACUUACUUGUGUGAAACGGCGUUUUCAGCUCUUACAGUAAUAAAAACAAAUCGUCGCUAUCAUGCCAAAACUGGCCAAAUGUUUUAUUUUAGUUUUGAGAAAAGGUAA